CUCUUGGAGCACACUUGAACUUUCCCCCAAAGAGAGAGGUUUUUUUUUCCGUUGCAGCCCGUCCUGAUUGGACGCUGUACGUGGAUACUGUUGCACAGUGGCUGCAACCGAUUUGCUGCAUCCUGGGACGUUUGCUCAUAGUAGUCCCAUCAAAGCAGCGUCUCCCCUCGUUAAUUAAGUUGAAUAGAAAAUUUGGGAUGAGCUUGCAUGAAAAUUGCUUUGGCUUCGGAAAUGACUACUCAAACGCAAACCGUCCCACCUUUGCUUGGUUUAGGAAUUACAUGACCCUCCUUCUUUCCAGCCUUGUCUAUCCACAAAUUCCUUGUCAUAGAGUCCUUACGGUUAGGAAAGAUAGACUAACGUAUCUCCUACCAAAUUAUUGCGAAGGAAUUUGGCGUUUGUCAAGUUUUUCUUGUGCUUUUUCUACAGAAAAGGGUGUUUAAAGGAAAGAAUACCAAAACCAGCAAGUACUAGCGAUGGUCUUAAACAUGUAAAUAUGGUCGUUGAAAUGCCACGAGAAUAAACUGUUAUAAUACAACAACUGCUAUGCUGUCAUAUUUACUAGAUCAAACAUUCAACUAUAUGAGUUUUUUUAAAUAAUUGCAUUGUGGGAGCACACACUACGAAAAUGAUUGCCUUAAGUAUUUUCAUUACUUGAAAUUGUAUUUGGUUUGUACCUGAAGGCUUCAUUUUAAGAGGCCUAACUUCAAAAAUUAGAUUGAGAUUUGAACAUUGCUUUAUGUUAUUAGUCAUAAUAAUAAUUUAAAAAAACACCUUUAAACUAGGCAGGGACCUUGGGGCGGUGGACUUUCAAGGAAGGGAAGAUAGGGUUCAGUGGUAUACAGGGGCAGGAGAAAAGUGGAGAGAUUUCUUCUAUGUAUUUGCUCAUUUUAAACAAAGCCAAAAGAGCUUUCGUGGUUGUGGAUCUUUAAAGAAUAAUUUUAACCUGUUAUGUUUUCUAGCUGUGGUUUCAGCAACAUGUGGUUUGAAAUAAACACAAACAAAAAUCCAGUUGGUCUUACUAAUAAUAGCAAUAAUUUAGCAGACAUCAAAACAUCUGGUACUAACCAGUGGGACAUUUGUAGAAUAGGCAGUUACCUGGUAUGUGUUGUUUUUUAUCCUUAAAUUCAAAGUAAAUUCCUGGAUUCCGCUGUGAUCACUUCGUGGGAUGCAGGAGUUUAAGCUUUGUAUGAUACAGAGGAAGAAGAAAACCCACCAAUACCGGCAUUGAAAAAGCAUUAAGAAAUCGAUUGUACUUGGCAUUUUCUCUUGGACAGCUCAUUAGUUUUUCUGAUUUCACCAUGGGAAGAGCACCAAGGUUACUCAUCUGAGAAUCAUCACUAAAAAUGUUUAAUCAUGCAGACUGGAGAAAAGGAUUCUUUCGAAAGUCAUUCAUCCUUGAAGUGGCCAAUGAAAAGAGAAAAUGAAAGGCAUUAAGAAAAGUCCUACGGUAGAAUCUCUGUACCUGGAGUACUCUCACCAAGCAGAAGGGGGCAUCUUUCCUCUCCACACAUCUGUAGCUCUGUUUUUAUUAUCGUACUGUGACUGCAAGGUCUUUAAUGUUUACUUAGUCCUUACCGAAGAAAACCUAGACACUUCACUCCUAAGAGAGGCGCUGUCCCAGGAUCUGGACAUACAGGUUAUUUCAAGACAGGCGCUCCCACCGAUAGUCCAGAAUUGCUGCUUGCCUGCAGUGGUAGAACAGCCAGAGGUUUUCUGUAGAGCAGGACUUGCCGUUGUCCUAAGACAUGUAAUUCAGAAAUCCUAUGAAGCCGAGCCGUCAAGAAAGGAAAUUUUGGAACUUCUGGGUUUUAAAAAGACUUGUUUGAAAGCCUGUGCUGAAGUCAGUCAGUGGACCAGGCUAUGUGAACUCACCAUCCCUUUGGCUGUUGAGAAUUUUCUCCAAGAGUCUUCUGACCAGUCCCCAGCUAUCCCUGAAGAAAUCCUACAGCUCGAGAGAAAGCUCAGUGAGCCUGUCAGAGUACACAACGAUGACAAACUCCGCAGACAGAAGCUAAAGCAACAGAAGACGGCUGGAGUUGAGCCUUCCUCUGGCAAGGGAAAAGCAAAAGGCAAGGCCCGUGCACAGCAACCAUCCAAAGAGUUGGCUGGCUCCUCCAAGAGUCUAGAACUGAUGGUGGCAUUCUCAAAGCUCACAGUGCAAGACACGGGUGCUGCUAACAAGGAGCCUCCUCACAUCAGGAAAGCCAAAGCCUCUGACCUUCCGCCUCUGGAGCACGUGUUUGCAGAAGGACUGUAUUUCACUUUGGCGGACAUUGUGCUUUUGCCCUGUGUUCAUCAGUUUUUGGUAAUUAUUUCCAAGAAAUUUUCUGAGAAGCUGGAACAGUUUCCACUGCUAACCUCUUGGUAUCAGAGGAUUCAGCAAGUGCCAAAAGUAAAAACAGCAGCUGCUAAGUGUGGCAUCCACUUUUUGUAUUUACCAGAAUUGCUGAAUUCUGAAAGUAAACCACACCUGAACCCUGAUGAGGUGACAUCUGUAGAGGAACCAAGUGAUCCUUUAUUUAUAGGAGGACCAAGACCAACCAUGACCAAGUUAAUGGAAACAGGCAUUGAAGCAUUGUUUUCUCCGCACCCUUGUCCGUCUUGGACCCUUGACUGGAACAGCCUUCCUGCUGCUGUCAGCCCAAAAGAAGGCAAAAUGUCCCCUGACCGAGCUUUGAGGAAGCAGCAACAGCUAAACAACCUUGUUUAUGUGGUGCUAAGUCAAGCCAAGCCUGGUGACAGAAUCGUGGAUUUCUGCAGUGGCGGGGGCCAUGUCGGGAUUGUGCUUGCGCACAUGCUGCCUUUGUGCCAGGUUACAUUAAUAGAAAACAAGGAAUUAUCAUUAAUCCGUGCUAAGAAGAGAAGUGAUGAACUCGGGUUAAGCAAUAUUUGGUUCAUUCAAGCAAAUAUGGAGUAUUUUACAGGAAUGUUUAACAUUGGGGUCGCACUGCACGCUUGUGGAGUAGCAACAGACAUGGUGAUCCAGCACUGCAUCCAAACACGGGCUUCUUUCAUCACGUGCCCUUGCUGCUACGGGUUCAUUCAGAACACCUCCAAGUUCAACUUCCCCAAAAGUGAAAAAUUCAAGAAAACUUUAUCAUACAAGGAACACAUGAUUCUGUGCAGAUUUGCAGAUCAGACAGCUGUGCAGCUCCCACCCCAGCGAAGACUCAUAGGGAAGCAGUGCAUGUGCCUGGUGGAUAUGGACCGUGCAACCGCCGCGGAAGAACACGGCUACUCUGUUCAAGUGAUAUCUAUGGAGCCACAGAGCUGUUCUCCCAAAAAUAACAUGAUCGUGGGUGUCCCCGUUUAGAAUGAGGCACUCACCCUGAUGUUUUGCCAUUGGCUUCCUGGUGAAAGCCCAGGGGUAUGCAGGGAGUCCUUGGUGUCUUACUGGAAGCGAUGCUGAGCAUCUCGAACCUAUCCAAAGUUACAGGGAGCCUUGGAAGAGGGACAUUUGCUGUGUGUGCAGAAGGAUGGAUGACUGGCUUCCUAGAGGGAAUCCCCAAAGCCUCAGCUGCCAAACAGAUCAUUCUCACUGGCCAAGUUCCCUUCAUCAGAGCCAUUUCCUCACGUGCUUUCUUGAUUGUGUCAGUGGGAUAGUCAAACCAAGUUAUGUCCUCGAAGCCUUCAUUUUGUAAUCUUGAGAUAUUCACAUAUAGUGAUCAAAACUAAA